AUGACGCUGACUUCGGACCAGACCUUAUUGUGGACCGAAACAACCUCCUCAAUGGGCCUCGGAGGACGCAUGCCCAGUCAGAGCAGGGAGGAAAGGAGACGAAGGAGGCGCGCCACCCCCAAAUACCGCUGUGCGCACGCGAGCAGAGAGCGUGUGCGUGUGGUGGCUUUCAACGUGGCGUUUGCUGAGCUCAGAAAACUGCUCCCCAUCCUGCCUCCGGACAAGAAACUGUCCAAGAUAGAGAUACUCAGACUGGCCAUUCGUUACAUUUCAUACCUCAGUCACGUGCUGGAUGUGUAA